CGCCGGCACCGCCCCGCCCGCGAAGGUUGUCUCUGAUAAGACCCGGUGGGUUAUCGAUGUGUCUACAGGGCAGACCGCGCGCCGUCGGGUCCUGCUGUCACACGUCCGAGGAGAGCGGCCGAGGAGGACGAGGACGGCACCAUGGGCUACUCGUGGUCCCAGCACAGGCCCGAGGCGGAGGUGGCAAGCGGGAAGCUUCGCGGCAAGUCGGAUGUGACGGCGGCGGGCACCAGGUACCAUGCCUUCAUGGGCGUGCCCUACGCCAAACCGCCCGUCGGAGAGCUCCGCUUCAAAGCGCCGCAGCCCGUCGAGCCGUGGACAGGGGUCCGCGACGCCUCGGAGGAGGGCAGCGGGUGCCUCCAGUCGUCGAUGCCCUUCAGCUCGCCCGAGGGCAUUAGCUUGAAGCACGUGAUCGCCAUCCUGAGGCACCUUCCGACCUUAGCCCACCGGGUUCUGGCCAACAAAAAACAGAGCGAGGACUGCCUCUUCCUCAACGUCUACGUGCCAGCCGAUACGUUCCCGGCGCCGGAGGUGUACUCCGAGCAGGCGAACGAACAGGAGGAGAGAGCCGAGCGGCCGCUGCGGCCCGUGAUCUUCUGGAUCCACGGCGGCGCCUUCAAGUAUGGUGAUGGCAACCCAGACAUGAUCACCCCAGACCUGUUCCUCGACAAGAACCUCUUGGUGGUGACCAUCAACUACCGCCUAGGACCCUUCGGUUUCCUGGCGCUCGGCACCGAGGACGUCCCGGGCAACGCCGGCCUCAAGGACCAGGCGAUGGCACUCCGGUGGACGUACGACAACAUCAAGUCCUUCGGCGGCGACCCGGCAGCCAUCACGGUGUACGGCGAGAGCGCCGGGGGCGCGUCCGCGCACUACCACAACCUGUCGCCGUUGUCCAGGGGCCUGUUCCGAGGGAUCAUCGCCAGCUCCGGGACGUCGGCGUGCCACUGGGCGUGCACGCAGAACGCCGCCAAGUGCGCGCGCGCGCUCACGAGGGAGCUGGGGCUGCAGGCGGACACCCCGGACGAGAUCGCCAAGGCCCUGCGCUCCGUCAGCGGCCACAAGCUCCUCCACGCCGCCGAAAAGAUGGCGCCCGUGUUCGACGACGCCACGGACGAGCUCAUGUUCCUGCCCGUCGUGGAGCCCGACCUCCCCGGGGCGUUCAUCGCCGAGGACCCGGUAACCAUGGUGCGGGACGGCAGGUCGAGCCAGGCGCCGCUCUUGACGGGCGUCAACAGCGCCGAGGGCCUCGUCUGGGUGCUGUUCGCCCUGACCAGCGAGGAGAAGACGUACAAGGACAUCAACGAGCGGCCGUACUACUUCUUACCGCCGGACCUGCGCCGCGGCCUCACGCCAGAGCAGCGGGACAAGUGCACCCGGGAGAUCCUCGAGGAGUACACGGGCGGCAGCGCCUUCACCAAGGAGAACGUGUCCGACUGGAUUGAGCUCUACGGUGACCUCAUGUUCAUGAUCAUGACCGCGAAUGUCACGCACCUGCACGCCUCCGCCAACACCGCCCCCGUGUACCUCUACAAGUUCGACUUCGCCGGCAAGUACAACGCCCUCAAGGCCAUGUGCAAGGCCAAGCUCGGCAAGGGCGUGCCAAAGAUCCCGGGGGCCGCGCACGGGGACGAUCUGUUCUACGUGGCGAGCGUCCGAUUGCUGCCGCUCCCGACCCUGACGCCCGACAGCCGGGAGGAGGUCUGCCGCAGACGGAUGGUGCAGAUCUGGACCAACUUCGCGGAGACGGGGAACCCCGCGCCCAACGGCGCCGACGACAAGGUGCUGCCCGUGGAGUGGCUGCCGUGCACCGAGUCCUCGAUGCCUUACCUGUACAUCAACGACGACUUGGAAGUACGGACGGGCAAGCUGUUUCCCCGACAGGCCUUCUGGGAGGCCCUGUACGAGAAGUACCUGGGCAAGCCCGUGCCUAUUACUCACGUGAGGUCCGGGCCUCAAUAAUUGGGGGCUUGCUGACGGGACUGUACUAGAAGUGCCCUUCAAACAGGCCCGCCACUCCGCCACGCUCCGCCCCGUUGGCCCGUGCCGUCAAGUGACAAGUGACGGCGGGUCGCCGGACCCCACUCUCCGACACCUACACGCAUAUUUUACAUCGCGUUUCCGCUCUCGUGUCAUGCCAAACGGCAACUCCGAUCGAUAUUCCGGUUAAGUGUCGGGAGACCUAAGUAGCCGUUAAUGUUGAUCUACGACGGCAACGGCCCGCCAGUUUUGUGACGUGUAUGCAUGUAUGUAUGUGUGUGAUUUUGUUGAAACACGUUUUGUGAUGUAAUUUUUAAGUUACGUAAUCUUCUCACUCGCUACCUUUUGUCGGGAAUGGGAUUAACAUUCAGGUUCGUUAAUCCAGUUAUAAUUGAGCAAGUGCGAGCUUUUUUCGCUUACAGCCAACAACGCACGCCGGCCAUGUGGGCUGCGUACCCACCCGGCGCUUCAGCUCAGUAUGUGCUACCGACAUAAUUUUAGUUCACUGUCUUUUUUACUUUCCCCAUUCUUGUUUCAUUUCAUUAGCACUUUAUGUUGCUUUUUGUUGUAAAUUUCAUUGACAAAAAUGGUUUACCAUAACAUUUCACCCAAACUGAUAAACACUAUGUUCCUAAGUUACAAGAAAAAUCAAUAGCUGUAUUUUUCAUUAAAUCUUGUCGCGGUUUGUCA